AUGAGAAGAGAAGAAGAUCAUAUUGAGUCAACAGGAUUCCUCGACGACAGCGUCGAUCUGUCAGAGAAGUUUCGUCGCGAAUUGGGAGUCUCUCCUCCGAAGCGGUGCUCAUACAUGACUUGGGCGCUUCACGCCGCUCUCAUUACUCUAUACUCAGUUGUGUUCCUACUCGCAACACUGAAUAACUACCACCGGACAACAAACCACGAUGCCUUACGAGAUAUGAUCCCAUCACCUGCGAGGUCUUCUAUCAGGUAUGAAACGAAAUACUUCACCAAUGACAAAGCUAGUGCCUCAGUAUAUUUCGGAGAGCCUAGUGAUCAAAGGGAGGCGCUCUGGGAAGAGCUACUGGGACCUUCUACCAUUCGCCUAAGCGCCCACGACCUUGAGCGGUUAGGGAGACCCAAGGAAAAGGGCAUCCAGCUUCCAGACGGCGACUAUAUCGGUACCCUUAACGUGUUCCACGACCUGCACUGCCUCCGACGAGUCACUAGGCUGCUCUACCCAGAGCACUAUUUCCCGAACAUCACGAAUGAAGACAAACAUAUGAACCUCCUACACGCCCAACACUGCAUGGACCGUCUUCGCCAGUCGAUCCAGUGUCGUGGCGACAUAAGCGUGGCCACGUACCUGUGGGGGGUGCGACAAGCGGUCCCGAUAGGAAACUUCACCUCGUUGCACGAAUGUGUGAACUGGGAUGCCCUUCACGAUUGGUCGCGAGAUAAGAUGGUUGACGUCUUCGAGCCGGGUCUACUGAUUCACCCUACACUGGGACCGGCGUACGCUAGCUACGGGACCAAUAAAACGUUUACUGGUAUCGUGGUCGACCACCCUGCUGAUUGA